AUUGUUCAUUUGUUUGGACUGUUUUUCCGUCCAUCUCUCUCUCUCUAACAAUGGCGAUUCCGGUUACCUCAAUCAUACUCAUCGCCGUCGUGGUAACCCUAUCUACGAAGUUGUAUUUGGUUGAAUCGAGCAGCGACAACAACCACGUAUUCUCUCCGUGUGCCGAUGCCUCGGUAGAAAGGUCCGACGGUUUCACUUUCGGAAUCGCUUUUGCGGCGAGGACUGCGUUUUUCUUCAACAAUUCAGUCCAGUUAUCACCUUGUGAUAGGAGGCUCUCUCUAUCUUCCUCAAACUCACAGCUCUCCAUCUUCCGCCCUAAGGUCGAUGAGAUCUCCCUCCUCACCGUCAAUUCCAGUAGCUUUUCGCCGGAUUCUUACGGUGGGUACAUGGUGGCAUUUGCUGGCAGAAAAUAUGCUGCAAGGUCGAUCCCUGCUUUUGUUGCAAACAGUACUUAUAUAGUGACCAGCUUUACACUGGUCCUAGAAUUCCAGAAGGGUAGGCUUCAAAACUUAUACUGGAAGAGAGAUGGGUGUUCUUCGUGUUCAGGCAAAAGCAACUUUGUGUGCCUCAACAAUCAGGACUGUGCAAUCAGAACUAGUUCCUGUAAGAACCGAGGAGGAAACGUUGAUUGCAGCCUCGGAAUACAACUUGCGUUUUCUGGAACAGAUAAGCAUGAGUCGGUUUUCAACUCGUGGUAUGAAGUCAAAAACCUUCGGCAAUACUCACUGUUCGGCUUGUACAAAAAUCUCAAGGAUUCUCUCACUAGCCAAUACAACAGCUUCUUUUAACUUCCAUGCUUCUUUUAACUUCCAUGCUUCUUUUAUGUAUGUAUGUCUCCGGAAAAAAUUUGUUGAUUUGUGGACAUCAAGAGGUAAUCUUAUUGUUGUGUAUGAUAUGAACAUUUGACUUGCUUUUUAAGCUCGUUUGGUCUA